AUGGUCAAACAUAUUAUUAAGUUAACUUUAUGUUUUAUGGUUUAUAUUAUUGGAAAUAUAGAUGCAUUAAACAAAGCUGAACGUAAAGGAAAAUUUGAACUUGCAGUCAAAUGCUAUAGGCAAAUGUUUGAAAAAGGACUCAUAAAAGGAAAAUUUGAUAAAAAAUAUAAGAUCGAAACCGUAAAUGAUGAAAUUGGUGACAUUGUACCAACUCUUAACAAUAUUCAGUUUGAAGAUGAUGAAGCACUUGAUAGUUUUGAAAAAGAAUUCUUCAAUGAUUUCGUUCAGAAUGGGAACCAAGAAGAGUUUCAAACCCAAAUAGAUGUAUUGAGUAAGUUUACAUGA